UCAACUUUAUAUACCUGAGAUCCACCUGUAUGCCUGUGCUCAGCCAUGAUGUUUGAUCUGUGUCUCAAGCUAAUGACGUAACUUCCAGAGAGGCAUCACUGAGCCCGUUGUACACGCCCCAAUCCCCUGACUCCACCCCCACGUCAAAACAGUGCCAUAAAGUGAAACGCAGAGAAAAGUGAAGCGCAAAGGCAAAACGGUAUCACGAGCUCACACGUGAUGGAAAUGCAGAUUAAAAGGAGCGUUGCAAAGAAAAAGAUUUCAUCGUUUCAGCCUGAUGACACUCAAGCCCCGUGAAAGCAUGCGAAGAUGAAGUGUACAAUAAGCACUUGUGUCCUGUAGUAUGGAGUAAAGCCUCAGUUCGUUUACUGGUUUAUUACCCCUGGAGUUUGCACCACUGGAUGGUUCCAGGUGCCGCCCCCUUUCUGCACCAUGACGGACAACAAUCGCUCAGGGAAAUCCCUUCCGUUCUGGCCUUUCCCCAGCUUCAGGAUACGGCAGGAGCAGGUGACUUUGGCUCGGAGCGAGAAUUCGCCCGGAGAGCCCGUCCUGAAGAUCACCAUCACAGAGACGACGGUGAUUGAAGCCGACUCGGGUGUGUGGAGCUCUCGGGCUCUGGUGUUCCUGGUGCUGUGGUACUUCUUCAGUUUCUGCACGCUCUUCCUCAACAAAUACAUCCUCUCUUUGCUGGAGGGGGAGCCAAGCAUGCUGGGUGCCGUUCAGAUGCUGUCCACCACUGUCAUCGGCUCUGUUAAAAUGUUCGUGCCUUGCCCGCUGUACCAGCACAAAUCCCGCACUGAAUAUCCGCCCAACUUCCUCAUGAUCAUGCUGUUCGUGGGACUGAUGAGGUUUACGACUGUGGUGUUGGGUUUGGUCAGUCUGAAGAAUAUAGCAGUAUCAUUCGCUGAGACGGUGAAGAGCUCUGCGCCCAUCUUCACUGUAAUCAUGUCACGACUCAUACUGGGAGAAUAUACAGGUUUCUGGGUGAAUGUUUCUCUGAUUCCUGUAAUGGCUGGUCUGGCUCUCUGUACAGCCACUGAAAUCAGCUUCAACAUGCUGGGCUUCUCCGCAGCCCUCUCCACCAACAUCAUGGACUGUUUACAGAACGUGUUUUCUAAGAAACUCUUGAGUGGGGACAAAUAUAAAUUCAGUCCUCCAGAGCUUCAGUUCUACACCAGUGCUGCUGCUGUGGUCAUGCUCAUUCCUACCUGGGUCUUCCUCAUGGACAUACCUGGGCUUGGAAAGAGUGAGCGAAACUUCAAGCUGUCUCAUGAUGUAGUGUUGCUGCUGUUGUUUGAUGGUGCCCUGUUCCACUUACAGAGCAUCACUGCAUAUGCACUCAUGGGCCGCAUCUGUCCCGUCACAUUCAGUGUUGCGAGCACAGUGAAACAUGCUCUAUGCAUCUGGCUGAGCAUCAUUGUGUUCAGUAACCCCAUCACGGCCGUGUCUGCAGUGGGGACCGUAAUGGUGUUUGUGGGUGUUCUGCUUUAUAACAAGGCGAAACAGAUACAGAGAGAUGCUCUCAUCCAGUCAGCCGAAUAUGAGCAGAAACCUCUGAUCCAGGAUGGUGUCACGUCUACCACAUAAACUGAAAAGACAAACAUGUUCCUUAAUACUGAAUGAGGGAUAGACACGGAGAUGCUGGAGAAGCAAAAGGACGUCUUGACCCUGGUUUGAGAUGUAACUGCAUUACUUUGAAAAUGAUCUCAAAGGUGGUGAGAAAGAAAAUGCAAAACUGUGGUAUCGAAUUAUUCGUUUGGGUUUCAAGCGAUGCCUUACUGUCUGUUUGAUCGUUUUGUCAUUUUUUUGGGGAUCCAUUAAUUCUGUUUUUUAAAAUAAAAAUAUUGUCUGGUGAAAACCAACAGUCUGUCGAGAGGUUUGUUAAAUUCAACACGUGUGUUGUAUAUAUAAUAUGGCACUUUUAUUCAGUAUUUGAGGCUAAAUAUGAACAAAGAAAAGAGAUUUGCAUUAUUUUUCACCCCAAAUGAUUAAAUAAUGAAUAUAUUUUGCUUAAAAGAGAUGAAGCCUGUAUUUAGGACUAUUAAGAUUGUUUUUGCAUUGACAAAUGGAUUUUGAUUAUCCUUAUAAUGCAUCUCAUUAUUAUUCAUACAGUUAUGAAAUCAUUUUGUCAGCAUAAAUUCAAUUCAGCGCAUGAUGUGCACUUUCACUUAUACUUUACAAGUGCAUUUUACAAUUUUUUCAAGAAUAUUAUGAGAAAUGUGCUUAAUUGUUUUGAAAAUCAUGUCACAAUGCAAACAAACAAACAAACAUGAAUGGUUCUAAAAGUAGGCUUCAUUGGUGUCAUUGCUGCAUCUUGCAAAGCUUGUUGGAAAAAGGGUUUGGCAGCAUGUCACCGUCUUUAUUGAGCUCUUUUUUUCUUGUUCUAUUUUAUGAUCUCACAUUCCAUCAUCUUCUUGACAAAGUACUUUUUGUUGUCUUGUACAAUCCUGUGUGACAGAAUUCCUAAUGCAACAAUUGUAGCAAACCACAAUCUUCGUCCACCAUGCACAUCAGAACAAUCGUGAUUUACUGUAGCCACAAGGACUGUUGCAGAAACUGAUUGAUUUGUCAUGAAUAUAUCUGUUUAUAUAUUGUUUUCCAUAUUGCUCAACUGUCAUGCCACUUAUAUUGUCAUGCACUUUUCUGAAAUGAAGAUUAUGUCCAGACUGCCCAAUUGAAUCCAGAUAUGCAUGUAAACUUUCAGAUUUUUGAUAGUUUUUUCAUUUAGUCUUUGAAGGGUUACCUGAAAGUGAUCGAAUAAACUAAUCUUGUUUGUCUGAAGCAAAGUUUAAAUAUUGGUCCAUAAAGAUCUUCUGCUCAGCUGUGGCGGGUUGUGUGUGGCAAGUCAUUUUAAUCUUGUUA